UGGCCUUGAUGACUUUUUUAAGUUAUUCAAUUAAAAUUGAUUUCAGUCAAUGCAAAAUGAUAAUAGCUUAUUAAAUAAAUGUAAAAGUAUAAAAGCAUAUACAUGCAACAACACACAUGAUUAUUAUUUUUUAUCAAGGACAAAUGCAGAUGGCAGCAGACCGUCUAGUGCAAAAAUAUUAUCAUCUUACUUAUAACGGGUUUGCAGAAUUUUCACAAAUAGAAGGUGUUGAAACGCGAAUAGAUACGUGCGUAUAAAUAUUUUUAGUGCCAUACUAGGUUGCAGUCUGAAGAACAAGUUUUUGUUGUAAUUAUUAUUUUUUGAUUUUUUUAUGUUGUUGUUUUAACAAAAUGAUAAUUAUAAAAGAAACAAUUUUAUAAUAAAAAAUUUAUUUUAUUUUUAUUUUAUUCCAAUGUAUUGUUUGUGAACUUGACCUGCUCAGAGACACUCUUCUGAAGAAAACUGUCUGUUAUAUUUUGUUAUGAUAUUAAUUAUAAUUUUUCACAAAUUCAACUGUAUUUUCUCAAUUAAAAUAUGAAGUUUUUAUUGAUAUUACUAAAUUACUUUUUAGUUAUUGUUUAUGCUCAAGAUAAAUGUAUGACACCAUCUGGAAGUAUAAGUUCGUGUAUUAUUGUAACAGAGUGUCCAUCAUUAUUGAGUAUUCUCAAAGGUCCGCGACCAAUUCCUUAUGAAGCAUUAGAACUUCUUCGAUUGUCACAAUGUGGAUUCGAGGGAAUGUGGCCAAAAGUAUGUUGUGAACAACCUGUGCCAUUAUCUACAACAAUAGAACCAGACCUAUCAACAAUACCUAAUCCUCCAGAUGUGGUGAAUCAAUCAAAUGUAAGACUACUUAAUCACACUAUAUGCGGUCCCAUUACUGAGCCAAAAAUAUUUGGAGGGAAUAAAACUGGUGUUCUCGACUAUCCAUGGAUGGCAUUAAUAGCUUACAAUAUCGAUGGUAGAAAAGAAUUUAGAUGUGGAGGAACAAUUAUUAAUAAACGUUACAUCUUGACUGCUGCACAUUGUGUUACAAAUUUACCGUCUAGCCUCACUCUACUUGGAGUUCGAGUUGGAGACCAUGACUUGAGUACCGAACGUGAUUGUGAUAAGGAUGAAGACGGUCUGGAAAUAGUUUGUGCAGAUCAAUAUCAAGAUUUUUUAAUAGAAAGUACUAAAUUUCAUCCUGGUUACGUUCUAUCAAAACUACAGGAUGACAUAGGAUUAAUACGCCUAGCUUCAGAUAUAGACUUUGAACCGAUAAAUGUAAAACCAAUUUGCUUACCUAUUGGAACAGCUCAACGGUUAGGUCAAAAAACCGUGACGAUCACGGGAUGGGGCGCAACUGAGUUUGGUACACGUAGUCUGGAACUUCUUAUGGUUAAUUUAUCUCCAGUUCCUAACGAUGAAUGUGCAAAAGCUUACCAAGGUAAAUCAGUUAUUUGGUAUAAACAAAUGUGUGCUGGUGGUAAAAAUGGUAAGGAUUCAUGCGCUGGCGACAGUGGCGGUCCUCUUCAAUCACCAGGACGUUAUUACAAUGAUGUACGAUACGUUCAAUAUGGUAUUGUAAGUUUUGGGCCACGCAAUUGUGGUAUCGAUGGUUUUCCCGGAGUUUACACGUUUUUACCAUAUUAUAUGGACUGGAUAUUGGAUAAUAUGCAAGAUUAAAAUACUAUACUUCAUGUUUAUAAAUAUUCUUUAAUUUUGUAGUUUGUAAGUUUUUUAUAAGACUGCUCGUACUAUUUUAGUUAUUAUUAUUCUUCAUUUAAUAUUAUUACAUUAAUCUUGUAAUAUUUUGAAAUAAAAAAAAAAAAAAAAAA